AUGUCCCUAGUCGUAAUUCAUCAUGGAAGUGAUUUAUUAGUGGCAACUAAACAUUUGGAUAUAGGGAACACAAAUGUUAAACUGAGUAACUACGAUUUGUCAAUUAUGGACGAAGAUAAAUUGAAAAAACAAAAUAGAAAAAAUCAAGAAAAUUUGUUUGAAUUAAAAAAUAAAUUGAGAAGACUUAGAUUAAAUAGAGAAUUGAAAGGGAUAAAAUGGGAUGAGUCUAAAUUCAAAAUUGAGUUGAAAGGAUCAGGAAAUGUGUUAAAUAAUACAUUAAAAAAAGAAUUUAUUGAAUUAAAAUUCGAUGAAAUUUUAAACAAAAUUUAUUUGAAGCAAGUAGACUUGAACGAGCAAAGAUUUAAAAUUAAACCAGAUGAAGGUACAUUGAAGAUAAAAAAUGAUGAGGAAUUGAAACAAGUGCUAGACAAGAUUGAGAUAAUUAAAGAGAAAGAGAAGAUGAUGGAAGAAUUGAAGAAAAUUAAUUUUGAGGAGGAUGAAGAGAAUGAAAAAGGGUUUCUGAAGAAACUGGAAGGUGAAUUGGAGGGAAUAAAAAAGGAAGAAGAUAAUAAGAUAAAACGAUUGGAGGGGGAAAAAGAAGUGAAGGGGAAAGAAGUUAGAAGCAAAAAAGAAACUUUGACGAGAGAUUUUAGAGACGAAGUUAAAAUUAUGGAGGAAGAAUACGAUAAAGAAUUGGGAAGGAUCGAACAGGAAAUGAAGUUGAAGGAGAGCGAGUUGAAGAAGUUGGAAGAGUUGGAACAUGAAAUGGAGUUGAAGGGGAAGGAGUUGAAGAAGUUGGGGGAGUUGGAAGAGAAGAGUAAAAAUGAGAAGGAUAAGAAGAAGGUAUUGAACAAAGAGAAGGAUUCGGAGGUUAAAAUGAAGGAUUUGGAGGUUAAAAUGAAGGAUUCGGAGGUUAAAAUUGAGGAUUUGGAGGUUAAAAUUGAGGAUUUGGAGGUUAAAAUGAAGGAACUUGAAGGUAGGAAGGAUGAGAUCAAAAGGGAACAUGAUGAAGAAUUUAAAGAGAAAGAUGCUAAAUAUUCUAAAGAUUUGAAGAAAUUGGACGAUGAAUUGAAAAUUUUUGUGGGAGAAAACGGAUUGAAAUUGAAAGAUGAAUUGAAGCCUAUUCGAUCAAGAAAAAAUUAUUAUUUAAAAAUGAAGUAUAUCUGUGAAAUGAAAAUUGAAAUUAAAGAAGAGUUUAAAAGAAUUAAGGAAGAUAAAAUUGAAGGAGAGGAGGAGGAAGAAGAAAUCAUAAAAUUACGAAAAGAAAUUGAAAAAGAAAUUGAAGAAGGAAUAAAGGAAGAGGGAAAACUGAAGGAAGAAAUAGCUAAAUUGUCUGUUGAAGCAGAUAAGAUUUUAAAAGAUUUGGCAAGAUUUAAGCUGAUUGAAAAUGAUAAUGGAAUUUUCUCAUUUUUCAAUUAUGCAACAUCAAAUAAAUUUAAUUCCAAUUGCUAUAGAGAAACAGAAAAAGAAUAUGAAAUGGAGGUGAAAUUGGGAAGUUUAGAAUAUGAAUAUAAAGGUAAUCAUCAAUUACUUAAGUAA